AUGGGAACAUGUUUUUCGAAAUGGGAAAAUGAAAUUGAAUAUUCUGGUGGAAUUGGCUGGUUUGAUCUACCUGUUGAUGUCAGAAGAUUAUUAAUCGAUUCAAUGGAUUUUGAAGCGAAAGCAAGAUUUUCACAGUGUUCAAUAGAAUGUUAUGAAGAAGUUAGCGAAAGUCGAAAUUUUAUCAGAAGUAUUGAAAUAUGUGAUGGAAGAGAAGGGAAUAAUCGGAUUAUUGAGAUUUUUGUGAGUGGAAAUCGAAAAGAAACGUGGCUUUUCAGAAUAUUUGAAUUAUCUUCUGGAAAUGUUGAAAUUCGUUGCAUACCACGCCCAGGGUGAGGCAUUUGCACGGCGCCAAUAGAAAAAUACGGCAAUUCACCUCGCCAACUUGAGAUUUUCUUCAAAAACAGCAAAUUUUUGCUAGUUUUUCCGUAAAAAAGUCGUAUUUUUCAGUCAAAAAGGUUGUUUUCACCUCGCCAAAAAUUUUCAAAACCCACACCGCCAAUUUUUAAAGUUAAUUUGCACGAAGCUGGGCGUGGUAUGAUUCGUUGGCAACUUAAUGAAAAUGAAAUUAUAUCUCGGAAAAUAUUUGAGAAUUCGAAUCCGAUUGAUAUUGUUUUGAUGUAUUUCAAUGAUAUUUUGAAGAAAAAUAUGAAAAGUUUGAAAGUUCUUGCAAUUUACAUUGUAAGUUGGUUGCUACGAGAAAAAUGUUUAAAUUUGAUUUUUAUUUUUUAACAUCGAAAGAUCAAUUCACGAAAAGUCGAAAAUGAUGAAAAAUUUUUUUAUUUUUCAAGAUUCUGCAGUGAUUUCUGAUUAAAAUUGACCUUGGAAUUCACUUUCCAGAAGGUUUUGCUGAUUUUUGGUAAAAUAAAAAAAAAAAUUCAUAAAAUUAAGCAGAAUAGGGUUCUCGAAGCUUAUUUUCAUCAGAAAUCACUCCAGAAGCUUGAAAAAUAUCGAUUUGUCAUCAUUUCUGGCUGAAAAACUCGAAAAUUUGGCUGAAAAACUGGCUGAAAAAAUCGAAAAAAAAAAAUUUUUCUGGAUAAAAAAUAGGGCUUUUGGACCAAAUUUUGGGCCAUUUUUCUGAAAUAGGCUUUUCCCAAAAUUAGGGUUUCUAGGCCCAAAUUUGUAUCUAAAACCAGGGCUUUCUAGACCAAAAUGCAUGGUUUUCAAGCAAAAACGGGCUGAAAUAAGGCUUUCUAGGCCUAAAUUUAAGCAAUUUUUCUUAAUUUCAGGCUAUCAGGUCCAAAUUUUUUAUUUUUUCUGGUUUUUGAGUGGUUUUUUUCAGCGCUGAAAAUGUUAUUUGGUAUAUUUUUAAUAUAAAUUACUGAAUUUUAAAACUAAAAUGUUGGAAUUUAGCAAAAAUCAAUAACUUGACAUUUUAAUGGCUCAAAUUUAGACCUGGUAGCCUGAAAUUCAGAAAAAUCGCUCAAAUUUAGGCCUAGAAAGACUUAUUUCAGCCCGUUUUGGCUUGAAAACGCAUUGCUCAUAUUAAAUAUUAUUUUUGAUUUGACUACCAUGAGCAAUGCUUCCCCCCAAAAACUCUUGGCUAAAAAAUCGAGGCAUUGCUCAUAUUACCGGCUGAAAAUAUGGAAAUUAAUCGAAGUUUUCACGCAAAAUCGCCAAAUUUUUGCAGAAAUCCUCGAAACACUCAAGAAAUUCCACCUCGUGACCUCGAGCAAAUUAAGCAAAGAAUUGCUCAAAUGGCAAUGAUUCUACAAAUGCUUUUGAUUCUGAGAAAUCGACAACAAACACUUGCUAUUGAUCAAUAA